CAGCGGUGUCACAGAGGGGGCAGAAGUCUCUGUUUGCACGUCACUGAACUGCUGAUUGUCGUCAGGUGUAGUGUGUUACCAUUUCCUAUACACACCUGGGGAAUCUUCGUGAUGUGAUGUUAUGAUACGGUGGUUUUAUUUACAAAACAUCUCGUAAGUUGUUGCAGGAUGGCAUUUAUCCGCGUGAUAGCAUUGGCGUUAGCGCUGGCAAGCACUACAGCAUGGAGUUCUCAUCCCUUCGAAUCGGCACGAGAUCAAUACGAAGCGCGCGAGGAUAGACCCCAACGCCAGCUGCUCACCGAAGCAACAGAUCAUCGUCCAGGAGUCCACAUGUCUCAACAAUCCGACUUCAUCCUUCCAGUCCAAAGGAAAAGUGUGCGAAAACGAAGUUACUAUCCUUGGCAAAACGAAGUGACUUACGAAGUGCCAUAUCAGAGCAUCACUGUUUGGAAGUCUCCAGUCUACCAACUGAGCAGGCCGUACUAUAUCCCCAUUUUCGGGGUUCCGGGGCGAGUCCCUAUUUACUACCCGCCACAACCUUUCGUUAAUCCCGGAGUACCGAAGGAUAAUACGGGCAAAAAGCCAUUUGUGGCGCCCACGUACUUGCCACCGGUCGAAACCACAACCAUGACUAUCAGAGACAGGUUUAACGGUGGUGAUAACUACGACGACAGGCCCAUAUGGGCCGAUGAGACCGGAAAAACGACCCAAAGGCCGGGGACUGGCGCGGUUCCAACCCGGAAACCACGACCAUCAAGGCCCAGGACGCCCCCGCCUCUUGUCCACAACCCCACUGAUCCUGAAGGAUUCGCGAAGGAAUCGGAAGAUUCAAAUCAACCGUCAACUACCGUGUCAACGCCUCAAUUUAGGCCCAAUGAACCCAGCAGAUGCGUCUGGGCGAUAAUUUCCUGCUGCUCGUCCACGUCUGAAGUCAGUUAUGACUGCUUCGAACAACGAGGGUGUCCUGGAGCGUUCUGGGACAAGAGUCCGUGUGACAACGAGUUUGCCCAAGCGGCCAUCGAGGCCGCGCUUAAUUAUUACAAUAAGAAAUAAAGUUCCUAAAAUUGAACUAACCGUGUGUUAACUGCAUGAAUUUAACGGUCAGUAUUAAAAAAGUGUGUUUGGGGAUGUUUUCGAGUGUUGACACUUGAGCAAGACGGAUGGUUAUUAUAAGUAUGCAGCGUCCAAUUAAAAGGAAAAUAAAACUCCGUGUUAGUUGUAGCUGAAAGAGGCAACAGAGUGGAGAGCUCUGAGCUACCACCAUCUGUCGCAGUUCCUGACAACAGCCGCAGUGGUAAUUAAAUUCGCCGAAUGUCGACUGAAUGUUGAACCGGGGUUUUAUUUGAAAAGAUGUUCGAUGCGCCAAAUCAGGAAAUCAUGCCAAUUUGUCUCGGAGAAUAAUUGAACCAAAAAUGCUUUUCGUAGACAAUUUUAUUGUAUUAGGGUUAUUUAUUUUUUAUUAAAACGAAAAUAAAGCUUAGUGUCUACUUCGCUGAGAAAAGUCA